CCGGAGUGCGGAACGGCAGUUUUGUACUCCAGCAAGCAACGACUUACAACAGGCAUCGCUGCACCGCACCGUCUUCUCCAUUCGACCAAAGACUCAUCACAAUGUGGAAGCCUAACCGGCUGCUGUCGUCUAUCUCAGACCUGCAAAAUGGUCGCUGUCUCAGCUGUCAAUUGCGCAAGGCGACUGCGUACCUUGACAGACCUACGCUGCGGUACUAUGCCAGCAGCAGCAACAGCAGCAGCAGCAGCAAACCCUCCCCCACGCCAGCUUCAACCAAAGUCCCAUCGAAACCCGUCUACUCUCCAACAGCCUCCAAGAUUCCGACCCCAACACCCGGCGAAGACUUCGUGCCUCCACCUCUUGACCGACCCAUCGGGUCCCCCGUGCCUCCAAGUGAGGGACAAAACACCGGUGUCGACGAUCGAUCAUUCGGGCAACGACGAGAUGACUUUGUCAACUACGAGAGACACUUGGAAAGACGGAAACAACUAGCCCACCAAGUCGCCAAGCCGUACUUCCGCGAAUGGAACAACAUGCGCCACCACGAAGGCAAGAGCUUCGUGGCGAACACGCGGCUCUUCAAGCGCGACAAGGCGCUCUACUUCCCCAACAUGCGCGGCAUCACGCUGGCCUCAAAGCGGCAGCCGCGCGACACGACCCCACUCUUCCGGGGCCGCAUCACCGUGGUGAACAUCUUCUCGAGCCUGUGGGCCGAGAACCAGACCUCGACGUUCACGCACCGGGAGAAGAACCCGGGCCUGUACGAGGCGUUCGCGGCGGCGGUGGAGGGUUCCAAGGACAAGAGCAUCGUGCAGAAGGUCGACAUCAACCUCGAGCAGAACCCGCUUAAGGGGGCGAUCGUCAAGAUGUUCAUGUGGUCGAUGCGCCGGAACCUGCCCAGCGCGCAGCACGACAAGUACUUCCUGGUGACCAAGGGCGUGGACGAGCGAUUGCGCGAGACGAUCGGCAUGAUGAACUCCAAGGUCGGAUAUGUCUACCUGCUGGACGAGAACUGCCGCAUCCGGUGGGCGGGCAGUGGUAAUGCCGAGCCGGAGGAGAAGGAGGCGCUGAACAAUGGCGUCCGGAAGCUGGCGCAGGAGCGCCGCGUGAGUGUGGAAAGCGAGACGCCGGCGGCGGAGUGGGCCAGCGAGCAGAAGGGGGAGCAGGUGAAGAAGGCUAGGGUUGUGAUGCCUUGAUUCUGGUGCAAGGUUACGGGGCAUGAUAGCCAAAUAUAUAGCGGUUGUAUGUGUAUGUACAUAUCAGGUAGCAUUUGGGGGAGUUUGUACGAUGGCUGCCGUACUGUAAGAUAGAUAUAUGCUAGCACGCAAAAAUAUCGAGACACCUCUCCCCAA